AUGGGAGCAGACCACGACCACGAGUCCCGGCGGCCAAAGAAGCUAAUUUUCGCCCCAGGAGACAUCCAAGCAACCCCCGACCUCAAAAUCUCAUCCUCCGAAACCUCCGACCCCUCAGCAUCCGGCUCAAACCCACACCCCUCUACCACCCAUGAUGCCGUCCAAGAACAAGAACAAGAAACCCUCCGCUCCGAAAUCUCAACCCCCGACUCAACCACCGAGCAACAACUCGUCUCCCACCCCUCCCGCGCCCACCAAUUCAUCCGCAACCCCCCACUAACAAUCUCCCAAAUUCACCCCUCCAACCCACUCCACCAAUUCCACACUUGGUUCCGCGAUCCGAGACUCACGCCAUCGCUUGCGCCGGAGACGUGUACCCUUGCUACGGCUUCGUUGCCGUCGGGACGGGUUAGUGCGCGGAUGGUGUAUCUGAAGGAGUUGGAUGAGAGGGGGUGGGUUGUAUAUAGUAACUGGGGGAGUAGGGAAGGGAAGGGCGGGCAGGUUUUUGGUGCUGAUGAUGGGGAGGGGCUGGAGCAUUUGGGGAAUAAAUGGGGUGCGUUGACGUUCGCCUGGUCGACUGUUGAGCGACAGGUACGCAUCGAGGGUCUACUGGAGCGUCUCACCCGCGAAGAGAGCGAGAUGUACUGGCGCACAAGAGAACGGGAAAGCCAACUCGGCGCAUGGGCUAGCUGGCAGAGUAAAGUCCUCUGGUCCGCUGAACCAGACAUCCUACUUGAGACCCGCCGGAAGAGUCUCGCCGAGAAACCAGAGGUCCCAGCAGACAUGGACGAGACGGAUGUCCCCGACGGGCGCGAGGUGCUUGAGCAGCGGGUGAACGAGAUGAGGGAAAGGUUCAAGGAUGUGGAGGAUAUUCCGCUGCCGCCGUUUUGGGGUGGUGUGAGGUUGGUGCCGGAGAGUGUGGAGUUUUGGCAGGGGAGGAAGAGUCGGUUGCAUGAUCGGUUUCGGUAUGUGAGGGUGCAUGAGCGUGAUGAGGAGGAGGGGGAGUCGUUGUAUAGGUGGAGGAUUCAGAGGCUUUCUCCGUAG